GUCAGUCUAUCUCUAUAUUUAUGUCUAUGGUCGAGAAUUGAGAUUGAUGUUUUGUAAUUUAACCUAUACCAAAGUGUACCAGCUCAGAGGAAGGUUUCUCUUUGUCUGUAUACAUUAUUGCUUAUACAUUUUAUCGUAAACAAAUAAUUAAAUAAAAGCGGCAAUUUUUAAUAUUAACAAAUAUGCCUCGAUUACCUUUACAUCCUUCAUCUGGAACAGGUAUUAUUUCACCAUUCGGCAAGGCGAUACGACUUGUUCGUUAUGGUUGUACUAAUAGACCGUUCUAUCAUAUCGUUGUAAUUGAUACGAAAAAGAAACAAAAAGGAUCACCGAUAGAACAAGUUGGUGUCUAUGAUCCUAUGCUAAAUGUGCACAAUGAAAAGUUGGUAUCUUUCAAUUUUGAGAGAAUACAACAUUGGAUCACCAAAGGAGCACAAAUUUCUACACCCGUUGCAGAUUUAUUAGGACUAGCUGGAUUUUUACCUGUUCAUCCAAGAUCAUAUAUGAGAGCAUGGAGAAAUCGCAAAAGUGUAGAAGAAAGUGUUGCUAAAGAAAGUACAUGUCAAAAAUAAGCAGUUGUAUCGGAUAGGUAAGACACAAUUGUUAUGUAACAAACAUUUAUUUUGUACAAAUGUCAUAUUUAUUAAUAAAAUUUUCAUUAAAUGUUUAUUUAGAAAAUA